AUUUUAAAUUUCCAGGACGCGUUUGACAAUUUGCAGUUCAUUGCGAGACCUGUGAAUGGUAGUACAGCUAUUCCUAUCUUGGCUGCAAGCAUUGCCAACAAGUUUAAAGAGCGGUUCAAGGUUGUACGAGAACUUAAAUUAGCCGUGGAAAGUUCUUGGACUGCAGCACCUGAACGAACACCAACACAAUGCUGCCAGGUUAAAAAUUCUGGUCAAUCAGAAUACGAUUCAAGAUUUCGUUCAAAAGUCGACCUUUCACGAAUAUGCGUCAAGGUAUCUAAAAAUGCUCCAGCUUCUCCCACCCAUGUUGCGGAUUCUGUGGUGGAGAAAAUGAAGAAGAUUUCUCAAGAUUACCCCGUUCUGAAAUGGCAGUACUUUGCCUCUGAACAAGGUGUGUUGUCGAGCUUUCCAGCGUUGGAAGAUACCGCAGAUUGUGGGUCUUAUGAUCCUCGAUUUAGACCUUUUUACGUGGAAACAGCCACGCCUGAACCAAAAGAUGUUGUUCUAGUUAUUGAUCACAGUGGUUCGAUGAGUGGUUCACGCAUGAUAGUCGCGAAGGAAGCUGCAAAAACUGUCCUGAGAACGAUGAAUCCAAGGGACAGGGUAAGUAUUUUCCAACGUUCCGACCGUACGUGCGCAGAUGUAGGAUAAAAUACCAGGUUAACUGAACGUAAAGCAUUUGCAAGAACGGCAGGAUCAUCAAAACAUACUUUGAAGGCCAUAUUAACUCUGAAAUAGUGCAAGGGUAUUAUUUUUCUCUGCCUCGAAAAUGUUCGCAUUAAUUUUGAUAAGAUAUGGUCCUACUAUGACUGUAAGCUUAGCGUCAAUGUAAGCCUGGUGUGACGUAAUUACAUAGCUGAUUUCGUUUUAAGUUCGUAAUGUCCCAUUAGUCGCCCCACGUAAGGAAAUCCAAGACAGUCUUUGAUUCUGGAUCUAAUUUCCAUGGAUUCCGGAUUCCGGGUGCUGGAUUCCAGUCUUUUUCAGUAAAGCUUGGAUUCUGGAUUCCAUUUCCUAGUAGGAUUCCGGAUUCCUUGAGCUAUAGUCUUGAUUCCAAAGCCCAGGAUUCUGGAUUCUACGUGCCAAAAUUUUCUCAGAUUCCGGAAUCCGGAUUCCCUUACAUGGGGCGAUACUAUAGCGACUACAUUUAGAAUUCAUUAUUAAAUCAAAGUUAUGCGCUCAGUUGAUAGGUAACCCAGUGUGUAGCAAAUUUUCGGAAAGAUAAGAAUCUAGUUCCACACGUUAGAGUUACUUCGUAAGACGCAAAAGGCGAGUACAGUGGAUCCUGCAUUAAGUGGACCCUAUGUUGGCGGACCGAAAAUACUUGUUUGUGUUUGCUUAAUCGGAAACAGUGAAAAUAUGGAGUGGGGAGACGGGUGAAGAGGCCGAUUUCCAUGGUAAUACUUUGAAGCAAAAUAUGCUUAAGAUGAAUUUACCUUUUGCGUCAUAAGUUGAGUAAAGAUCUAACAGUCGAGGGUCAUAAGUUUGUUGUACAUUUAGGUUUUAUUAACAGGGCAAAAUUUGUGUCGUAGAGUUACGCUAAGCACCUCGUCGCAUGCAACAAAGUUUUCCCCCAUGCUGCUGGUUCCUAUGGCAAAAAAGUAAGAAGGCAGAAGUUUCGAAUGUUUGAAUGUCAUUGCCUCUACUGCCCCCCCCCCCCCCCCCCCCCCCAAAAAAAAUGAUAGAUGGAUACCUAGGCCGGCUUAGUCUUGCCGUUGUCACUCUCAAGUGGCGGGCUAAUGCCACGACAUAAUGCAAUGAUGCGCUAAGUCAUUUUUUCCACCAACAUCUAGGAAAGGCGGUGCUAAUAUGUUUGCUUGGUCUCUUUUAUUAGAUUGGAAUUGUAAAGUUCAAUGGAGAAGCCUCCACCCCAGUCGAAUAUGAUGGCGAUGGAAGGGGCUGUCAUAGCCAACGUUUAGCUGAUGCUACGCCAAUCAACAUUAAAUACUUGGAAGAAUACGUAGAAACUAUCUUUGCUGACGGUAAGGUUAAAAUUAUUUGAGAGCAAUUCAAAAUAAGAUUUAAAGACAAAAAAAUUCUGCCUCUUUCCGUGUCUCUUUACGUUCACAUGUAAUUCGUUUAGUUUUUAAUGGAAUAAGCGGACAAAUGCUAUUAGGAGAUGAUGAUGAUGAUGAUGACGAUGAUAUAGGGAGCUUCAACACCCACGACGUCGAAGGCAAUGCCAGAACAUCGACAAACAGACUAGGUUUUACAAUUCCUGCUUGGCCCUAUGCAUCACACUUUGUUGGAAAAUUUUCUAUGAGGUCCCACCUCACAACUACGAUGCGAAACUUCAUGCAUAUUUCGUCAGCGACAAAUUUUUCUUUCUCUUUCUCUUUUUGAACUUAGAUAUAUUCUUUAAGGUUUAACUCCCAGCUAUGCUCCUUAUCCUCCUUUAAGUUUAAAACACGAAUGCAAAUUCCCUUUUUUGUUGGCGUUUCUGCUGCUGUUGUCGUCAUAGUUGCUUAAGUUCUCGCGUGCGUUCAAAAUCCCAUUCCAGUUUUGACGUUUUUUUAAAAUUCAGUCUUUCCAAGUCGGUGAGGUGAACGAAGGGGUACUUAUUCUGUCUUCUCUCCCAUUCCACAGUUGAUAUAGUCUGGUGAAUCCUUUCAUUUUGAAGAUUCAAUUAAAAAAAAAAGAUUUAUAUUAACAAUAAACAAUUGAUAAUACAAUAUAACAAAUCUAUAGGUGAGCAGAUUAACAACAAAACUAGGGAAUACUACCUAUAUAUUCCUAUAUUGGGAGACUCUUCCCGAAAGGUUUACCUUCUUCAGGCUUCAGCUAUAUGAAAGGGUACUGAUAUCAGUGGUUGAAGUAUAUGAAAGGGUGGGAAAAUGUGUCAUUUCGAGCUGUAAAAAGGCCCAAAAGGGUUAAAAGAUGUAUUUUAUGCCUGUGAAAGAGUCAAGAAAAAGUUAUGGUUCGGUGAUUUAUUCCUAUUGGAAAGACAGUUUACUUAAAACAGGAUGGAAGGGAUACAAACUUCCAGUAAACUAGGUAUGUGGAAGGUGUAUCAGCAGAAGGUGCACGAAAGGGAUCAUACUUUUUCCGUCAAAAAUGGAAUAUACAAUCAGAAGGAGUUGGACUUCGGACCAAAAAUCCCCAUGUAAAACUUUCUUGAGUACAAUCCCCACCCCCCACCCCGUCCUCCGGGACGACAAGUGCAGGGAAAACCAGUCUAUGGGGUUGAAUUGUUUUCCGUUUGACGCUACAAGUCUCCCUACUAAUUUUUUUUUCUGUUCCUAGGAGGCACUGAUUAUAGUAAGGCAUUCAUUAAAGCGUUCGAUCUGUUCAAUGGCACAUCUGACAUAAGCGGUUCUUCCAGGAAAAAGGUUAUCAUCUUUCUUACGGAUGGCAGACCAAAUGAUAAUGAAAAAACAAUAUUGCAAACAAUAAAAACAAAGAAUGCGCAGCUGAAUAAUGAGGUGGUGAUCAUGACUUAUGGAAUGCUGACGAACUUGCCAAUUCUGCGUUACAUUGCUGAACAGGAAGGUCUUGGUGUCAGAAAGCCAUCUGAUGUCACUGUAAGAAUACCCUAAUCAUUUCAGUCUGCUUUUAGUUUUUAGUUAUCUAUAUUCUUAAUCUUGGGAACAGUUCCUGACUAGUCAUUUCAGGUAUUUACAGUAGCAACUUAAAUAAAUGAUUUCUGAACGCUAAAUAAGACAAUUGAUGUUGAGAUAUAUGAACUUUGUUACUGCAUUCACGGCCCAGGGGAAGGGGGGGCAUUCAAGGGAAAGCGAUUUUGGGUAAAGGUGUUUCGCCAAGGCCUUUAAGACCUGAAAUGUUCAUUUCACAACACCCCAUUAAGUUUUGUAUAGAGAAUAAAGUGAUUUUUUAAAGUGCUAUCACAGCGAUAGCUCUUUUUGGAAAACUAACAAAAAAAAUAAAAUUGUGAGUACCACAAGCAGUUCGCUUGUUGCUCGUAUUAUAACGACCGUGUUGACGCCUUUGAAAAUAAGUGCAUGCAUUAUCCAUGAUAAUCGCUAAUACCGUCUGCUGACGGACACCGUAGAAACAGCGAUUCAGUUGUUAAGUUUUCCAUUGCUUAUCCCUUCUAAGAAGAGUAGAGGAGAUGCUGGGGUAAUGUUUGCUUAUUUGCCUUUUUUGUCGUUUGGUAUUCAAAUAAUGGCAAAAAAGUAUGAGCCUCUAGCUAGGUUGCUAUCAACUUUUGAGAUACAUGUACUGGUAUACCUUUACCACAGCAAUAACUGAUGUUAUUUUUCUUUAAGGCUGGAAAAUUUACAUAUGUGUCAAACACAAACACCUUGCGGAAUGACAUGGCAACCUAUUACGACUUUUUUUCGUCAAAGACAAUUCGCAAUGAACCAAUCAUAUCCAUUCCUUACGUUGACGCUUUUGGCACAGGUAAGAAACGCUAUGAUGUAGUUUACAGGUUUACAACUUCGAACUUCUUACAUACCACAGGACACUCUUAAGUUAGCUCGUGUAACUGACAAUUGUUGGACAACUAAAGCUGUAAAUUGGGCUAAGACGUCAUAGUGGAGCUCUUGCGCCCUCGAAGCGCGGCCAACAAAGCACCAUGAAUAACAAAAUUUGGUUAUCUGUGCAUCCAGGAAAUACUUGGUUGUGACCAAUUCGUCUGUCAUUACGUCCGUCAUUCAUGUUAGCGCAUGUAACUAUAAGAGCAUGUGAAAUCUCACACUUACUACAUACUAACUCAUGUAGUUGACGUGUUUUUUAAGUCCUCUGCAGACCAGUUAUUUGUUUUCAAAUGAUAACAGGUUCAGGUCGUUUUUUUUUUCAGAAGGAAUUCAGUUUUCGUCUUUCUUAUGGCGAAAGUUGGAUAACCUCAGAAAGAAAUUAAUUUCUUAAUUUUUUAUCUACAAUAUAUAUUUAGAUGUCAACAUAUAUGCACACUUGCUAGUAUUCCUAUAAUUUCCUACUUUUAUGGUGUCUCAUUGGUUUUCCUAUUCCUACAGGUCUGUUAACUUCGAUAACACUGCCAUGUUAUCAUCAAGGAAAAUUCAUCGGUGUUGUUGGGACAGAUAUUAGCAUGGCAGAUCUUCUGUCUGAAGUUACAUAUUUUCAAAGAGGUCAGCGAAGUUAUGCCUGGAUGGCGGAUAGUUCUGGAAGGACCAUGAUGCACCCUCUUCUCCCAGCCCCUUCAGACGUCUACGGUGACCCAGUUUUUAUGGACAUUACAGCUUUGGAACCAGAACCUGAAUUUAAUGAGAUUUUCAACUCUAUCAAAGUGUAAGUGCUUUCUAGAGUUAGUGCCGAGAAAACUACUUAUUCUUAGGGGUACGAGAGGAAUCCAUUAACUUUUAUAUCCAUUACGCUUUCUAUUAUGUUAUUUUUCGCUCUGAUAGCGGUGGAUCCGGGGUAAAGUCAUUUACGUCAAAGCGGUUUCUUGCUCGUGGUGGGAAAAUCAAGGAAGGAGUUUCAGUUUUAGAUGUACCAUCUACGUACUUCUGGAGAGCAGUUGAAAAAACCAAAUUCACCGUUGGAAUUGUGGUGGCAGAUGGCGAUAAGGAUGAAACACUCUCAACUCAAAGUAUUCCUUCAGGUAAGUACAUUACCAUAUUAUCAACAUACAAGUAAAGUUCUAAAUAUAAAGGAAGACUGAUGUUUCGUGUUCAUCGAUAAAAAGACGAGUUUGUAGAAUCGGGAAAAUUGAAUAUAGAUCUUGAUGACAGGGAACGCAAUCAGCCAUCAGUUGUAUUAGAUUUCUCAAUAAGUAGAGUAUAAAACCGUCUUUAAGGAGUAGGUAAAAUACGUUCUAAAUGGAAGAGACGGAAGGAGAUGGCGCAAGACUGCUUAGAGGAGGCCUUACCUUCGCUUUAUCUUCGUUUCGUCUUGCCUUUCCCCAUUCUCCACGGAAAUGCAUUCUGCUGAAUAAGUUCUCCUCAAAUGAACUUCUCCUUAGCCUGACAAUCUCCGUCGUCAUCGUUAUAACUAUCGUCUCUAUUGUUGUCAUCAUUAGCAUGACUUAUCGCAUUGAACAUUCUUGGUUGCGCAAGACGAGAGGAGACCGCAAGCCUAAUUUUGCGUGGUGUUUCUGUGCUAAAUAAACCUUUCCCGCAUUCCUGCUAACAAAGGUACCAAAUCAGGAGAUGUGAUUCGUAUGAAACUGUCCACCAAAGCUUAGUCCUCAUUUCUUCAUGUUUUCGAGGUUUGUUCGUAUGCUUCUUUGUCACACAAAUUUAACUGGUAUUUCAUAAAAGAGGCACAGAAAAAAAGUCAGCAAAGGGCUCGCGUUUUUUCAGUCUUAACGUCCUUAAUAGUACUUCAAGAAAUUUUGUCACAAGAAUCAUAAGUACUUGUUGCGUUGAACUAGCUUUAACUUUUUCAUCUUAAUUUUUAUUGUAAUUUGCUUUUGCUUCCUUAAUUUAUUUUCAGAUUUUAAAUUUCUCUAUCAUCGUUUGGAUUUAGUAAGGCCGGAUGAACCCUGCGCUCAUUUUACUAGAUAUGCAGCUAAAGGUAAGUUAAACGAAAUAAUGAAUAAACAAAAACUUGAUUGCUGAUAAACUACUGCGAAGUGAAAACUUCCUGAAAAAUAUUUUCCUAUGGAACCUUUUAUGAACUUGGCAAUAAUGGUGUUAUUGUUUUUGGGAAAGAAUUAAAGAGAAACUUCACGAGACCGAUCACAGUGGCGAUCGUUUAAGUGGGAAUAUUCAAGCUUUUUCAAAUUUCUUGUAUUUCUGUAAAAACUACUGACAUGAACUUAAUCCAUGCCUAGCGCUAAACAUACAAAAAAAAAAGGGAUACCAUGAUCUGUGCGAUAGCAAUCGACUAAAUAUGAGGCAGCUGCAAGGUUAUCCCGCGUCCAGUCCAGCAUUAAGUGAUCGAAUUUUCCCUCCUGUAAUGCUUGUACACCCAUUUUUAUAAUUACGUCUUGUUACGUGGCUGCCCCAGUUGUUAGAAAGGUGAAUAAUGCUAUCCACCGGAAGAUUACCAUCCACCGCAUAAAUCAUUAUCCAAAAGAUAAGUACUUGGAGAAAACCAGUUGCUUUAUCUACUGGAUAAAUAUGACGUUUACUUAUUCACCUUUUGAAUAACUGGGGCCUGCUUUUUUUCGUUUCUGUUGUUGUUUAAUUUUUUAACGACGCGCGUUGUUAUCUUUUUCUCCCAGGUCACAAGAUAUCAAACAAUAAAAUUUUUUAUCCGCCAAGAGUCUUUGAGCGGGCAACAUUGUAAAAUCUAUGACUUGUGAUGUUAACGGUGUACUGUUCCCACGAUAUGUUGUCCGCUCGUGAAGAUCUAACUACUUUCAAAGUUCCGUUCAGUAAGCCAUGCUUUGAAACUUCUAACCUAAACCUUUUACUCAUUUAAAGGAAUAACUGUUGUGAAGUUUGGUGCUGAGGCCUUCGAAGACCCCUAUUCCUACUUAGGUUUGGACGAGACGGUGUCCCGAGUGAAGUCAUACAAAUCGUACAUGACAAGUUCAAGCGCGAUUAAUCCUGGGUUCAAACUAGGCGUUAGAGACACAGUGCUGGUUUCAAGCAAGGUCGAUGACAUUUGGUUACGCGAAAAGGCGGACUAUACAAAGUACUUGGUGUGGAGAUAUUUUGGCACAGCCAACGGUGUGUUUAGACUAACACCUGGGACAUUAAUUGCAAAAUCAUUUGAUCCAACGAAACGACCAUGGUAAUACGAUUACUUUAGUCCUCCCUCCUCAAAACUAGGUCUACUUCUAGAGAUCUUGGUACUAUUAACAAGUUAUAUUAUUUUGGUACAAAGAGCUGUGAUUAUUUCAUUUUUACUUUCAUGUUAUGAUAAACACAUGUUAGCAAACUCUAAUUGACAGUCAGAUAUAAAGCCAUUUUUUAAAAUGGCUUAACCUCAUACAGUUUAUGGCGAUAAAUCCGACUGUCAUUUAGAGUUUGCCAAAAUGUGUCUAUCACAACAUAAACAACUCCUAAAGAGAAGACGCCUAGUUAAUUUGAAGGAUUUAGGAUUAGCACGGGAUACUGCGCGGCCUUCUGUGCGGGAGGUCCUGAGUUCGAUUCCCAGUUGCGACUUCAAAUCCUGCCUUCUGGCUUGUUUCCUUUCCGUAUAGCUUUAAAAACACUGAUGGAGAGAGAGAGAGGGUGGUGGGGGGAGUGAAGUGAGCGCAUCGUGGGCCGCAGCUCUGUUACGGUCAAAUGACUAUUUCGAGCUAUAGACGUAAAAGAAGAACUCUUUACCCUUUAAAUAAUCGCAGACUUUGACUUUCCCACCCUCCCCAUCCGUUGUAGACCUUAAGGUAAUAAACGCACCUUUGACGCGAAAUAAUGUGCAGGACGAUACUUCGGCUUUAGACUAACUGGAUAUGUUUUUACUUUUACAAUAGGUACCAUGCCGCGCUCAGAAACACGGGGCGUGUCUCUUUGUCCACUCCUUACAUAGACGCAUUUGGAUCAGGAGUAGUUAUAACCGCUUCGCAUACUGUAUACCGCGGUGAAGCUACUCACAAACACAGCGCAAAUGACCAGGUCGUUGGUGUUAUGGGUGCAGACUUUCCUUUGUCUUAUUUUCAUAAGUAAGUUAAUAUUUUGCUCUUUUUUCUGGGUGUGUGUUUUUUAUGUCAACUAGAAAAUUUGUGUAGGUGAUUUAUCUUUUUUUACACUGUCGUGGCAGAGCCAAUAAGGCCUUUUGUUAAGAAUACCUUUUGUCGCGAAGAUAAUGUGGCGUUUACCACCAGACUUUCACAAGCAUACUAAAUUAAAAUACAUAUUUCCCGUCAGACUCCUAACGGACACUUUUCCCAGCUGCAAAGAUGGCAACUACGAAUGCUUUGUGUUAGACGGAGCUGGUUUUCUCGUCAUGCACAAAGACUUUUUGUCGCCAGACAUUAAAGCAAAAGAUCUGGAGUACGUCCACAUAACAGCAAAAGAAAAAGAGAUAGCCGAGGACCUUUUAAAGAAAGGACAUUUAGUAAAGAAAAAAUGUAGACACUUGGAAAAAAUUCAAACGGAAAAUUUCUACGAGCUGAGCAUCCCGUUUCGAGGCCUCAACACACUGACAACAGGACAGCGAUGUAGGCAAUACCAGCUUGCUAAAGUUGGUGGAAGUAAUGCAUUUUUAGGUAAGUUUUCUCUGGAAAGUUAAGUGAUCUUGAGUAAAAUUGUCAUUUUACUUUAGAGAGAUGAUAUUCGAAGUAAGAAAACCUGGAAGCAUAAGGGGCUGGUGAACACUUAAUAUUUGCCUUCAUCGUGAAUGUCGUUCUCGUCUAGGUAUCAAAAAGCGGGAUGAUUCCUGUUCAUCUGGAAGUUGCAUCACGUGCGGAACCAACAGAGAAUGCUCCAAUCCACCGGUGUCAAGUUGCGAGUGUCCAUGCAUUUCAAGGCUUGACUUUCGUUACUGCAGAAAUGAAUUCCCAGCCAGCAGGUAAGCACAUUUCAAAAAAUAAGACAAUCACGUUGACGAUUAUUUUACACACUAGCUUUAUUGACUUUUAAUGGUUAAAGGAGCUGUGUCACGAAAUUCAGCCAAAUUAUGAAAUUACAAAAUGUCCGUUAAAUUAAGAGAAACAUAAAAAUAACCGCUUAAAACUUUACAGGAAGGUUAAAAUAGCAUAACAGAAACAACAGAUGCCACGGAUGGGCAAAACCGAAAAAGACUGAAACGGAUUGAAAUAGCCCAUUUUAUAGUUGCAGAUGAAAAUGAGGCUGGAGUUGACCUUGUUUUGAUACAGCCCUUCCUGCUUUAUUAUGUAAAUCAGGGGCGGAUCUAGGGGGGGGGUGCAGGGGGUGCGCACCCCCCCCCCCCCCUGAGAUGACCUGCGGUUUUCUAAUACAACUGGUAUUCUGCAAAAAAAAACUAUGUGGUUUAUUGGUGUUGAAGUAGAGCAAGAGACGAGAGCACCCCCUCCUAAAAAAAAUCAUGGAUCCGCCCCUGUAAAUCAUGUCUUUCUUAUGCUAACUAAUAUUUUUUAAGCAAAAUUUACAUUAUAAAAGGAAUGAGGUUUGUAUCAAAACGAGGUCAACCUCAGCCUCACGUUCUCUCAAAGGCUAGGGCACCAAGCCAACAACUGUAAAAUGGCCCAUUAGGGUUUUUGAAAACUGUUCAGCCUAACACUUUUUCAAAGUUGAUCCCUGCUGCUUGCAGCUUCAAAAAUAAUGCUCAAGAGACAUAUUUGUUUGUCUCGGAUCUCUAAUUUUGUCAUUUACCUUUAAUUUCUUUGCUUACUUUAAGUUCCAUAGCGAUUGAGGGCGAGUAAUUGGCAAUAUUAAACAAAAUGAACUGGACUUCCGUGACACAGCCCCUUUAAACGUCGGGUAUGUGCCAGAUCGAAAGAUGAAUGGGCUACGAAUAUUUACCAAGAAAAAAAAAAACAAUAACGAAAUGAAAAACAACAACAAAACAAGAAAACACAAAUUAAAAAAAAAAACAAACAAACAAACCAGAUAUUGGAGCUUUAACUAAAUUUGGUAUUAUGUUAAAUGUACAGGUGUACUAGGACUAAAAUAAGCCUAUGUGUGACAUCUAAUCAUUUCAUAAUCAUAAGUAUGAGGUAUACCUAUCCAAAGAAUUAAUAGUUACUCGUGAACAGUGGCCUAUUUGCUAUUAAUUAAUGGCAAGGCUUCGUGAUUUCAGGAUAUUUAUAUUUUCUUAUCGAAUAAUUUUUAAGAGAUUACUUGGCUUUAUGACCUGUACUUCUUUUCUGGCGGUAUUUUAUUAUAUUUCUUUCUUUAGCGUAACCCCGAAAUCAAGUAAGUGAUCUUUUCGUUAAGGCUUUACCUAAAUACUUACCCAGGUCAACCUUUAUCCCGUAAUAUUCAAAAUAACAGUUAAUUUAUAGAAAAGGUGAACUUUUUCUCUCUUUUUUUGCCUACAGUGUGUCUAUUUGCCCAGUACCAGCGCCUGUUGUCCCUUCUGAACAAGUAAAUGAUCCUUCCAUAAAGGGUUUGCUGAAGUGCUUUGAUCCUCAGUGCGACAAAAAGUUAAAUUCGAACUCUUGUGAUGGAGUUGUGGGCUGUUACUGGUGUGUCCGCGAUAAGAACGACGCUCCUCUUAAUAAAAAAUACUGCGCCAAUAUCAGUUCAUGUUACGGAGGAACGGAAGGUAAUACAUGCUAUCAUUAUUAGAGAGAUAAUUUGCAAUUAUUGAAUGAGGCUGAGUUAAGGAUAUGAAGAAUUCUGCAGAUCGAGGAGGGUGUUAUCCACCGAGGCCGAAGGCGGUGGUUGAUAACACCCUCCGAGAUCUGCAGAAUUCUUCAUAUCCUGCGAUAGCCGAAUUCAAUAAUUAUUUUAUUAUUCAUUCAAAAUAAUUCCAACUUUAAAAACAAGCUAAAAAUGCUUACCUCGGUCGAUGUUAAAUUCACAUCGAUAGUGCAUCUUUUUCAGGGAAUUUAGCGGAUAAAGGUCUGCUCAGGUCUGCAAAUAUACUCCAAACAGCAGAUGUUGUCCGUCGAGUUGACUUCUCGCUGUUCUUACUAUGUUUUUAGACAAUAUUUUGCCAUGAAACGAGUACAAUGUCCGUCCGACAAUUCCGCCAUUUUGUUCAAACAACCAAAAUAACUCAACCUUGUCUCCAGGUUUCCUCGGUCAACGAUUCAAUAUGACAAAUUUUAGAACCCAUGACGUCAUUUUGACGUCAUCGGUUCAAUAAGACAGUUCAGCCGCUGGUUAUGGUGAAUUAUGCGUGUGGUUUUACCCAAUCAGAAACGGGAAAAAAAAAACUUUUGAAUGAAAAAAAAAAUUUGAAUGAAUGAUAAUUAGCAAUUAUUGAAUUUGGCUUUCGUAGGAUUUGAAGAAUUAUACUUUUAUUAUUCAUUCCAAAUAAUUCCAAGUUUAAAAACAAGCAAAAACGUGCUUACCUCCGUCGAUGUUAAGUUGAUAUCGAUAGUGCAUCUUUAUCGGGAAGGUUAGGAGAUAAAGGGAUGUUCAGGUCUGCAAAUAUACUCCAACUAGCAGAUGUCGUCCGUCGAGUUGUCUUCUUGCUGUUCUUACCUUGUUUUUAGACAACAGUUCGCCGUGAAACGAGUGAAAUGUUCCGCCAUCACUCACUUCGAAAACAACUUAAACUCGUCCCCAGGUCUUCUUGGUUAGCGGUUCAAUAAUCUGCAAUUUAGCUGCACUUUUGACCUCAUCGGUUCAAUAUGGCAAAUUUCUUCCAAGUUUGGUCAACAGUAGCUGGUUAUGAAGAAUUAUGCAUGUGAUUUUAGCCAAUUAGAAACGGAGAUAUAUUUUGAAUGAAUAAUAAUUUGCAAUAGAACGAGUUGAUAUACAAUAAUGAAAGUAACAAACGUGUCAUCAUCAUUAGGAUGUUCGUUACGUUUUUACCUGUUUUUUGUCUUUAGCCUCAACGGUAGCUGCAACCGCACCUUUAUCUUUACUGCAUCUGGUUCUUUAUCCUCACCUGCCUUUUUACUGCAUCUGAACACGAACCUAUAGUUGCAUCUUAACCACGUUCCCACAAUUGUAAUUUUGCUACUUCUGCUCCAACCUCUGAAAUCAAUAUGGAGUGCUUUUCCUCCGACGCUUGGCCACCCUACCAUCUCUACUCCCUCUGCUCCCACACUCCCUCAUCCUUAGCCCCAUCACCUGCACUUCAUCCUUUACUGUCUUUACAUGCUGACACAUCUCCACUUCUAUCUUAACUGUUUGUUUCUACAUCCAAAACUGCACUUCCAUCUUUAAUGUCUCUGCUACCACACCUGCACUUCUAUCUUUACUGUCUCUACUACAGUAUCUGCACCUCCGUCUUUACUGUUUGUUUCUGCACCAACACCAGAACUUCCAUCUUUACUGUAUCUGUUACCACGUCUGCACUUCCAUCUUAACUGUUUGAUUCUUCACCCACACGUAUACUUACACUUCUAUAAAUACAAUCUCUGCUAUCACGUCCGCACUUUUAUCAUUACUGUUUCGUUCUGCUCCCACAUCUUCAAUUCCAUCUCUACUCUUUCUGCCCCCACACCAGCAUUUCCAUCUGCGGUCGGUAUAAAACGCAGACUGCAGACUGCGAACUGAGUGUAAAACACAGACUAGGUAUAAGACGUGGACUAUGAACUGUGUAUAUAAAAACAGCUUUAGAAAGGUAAAAUUGAGAGAAAGGGAUAGCGAAGUUGCAUAAAACAGAAGUCCCAGCUCCUUGCCUCACACACAAACAUUCCUUUGGCUGAUCACGCAGUCUAUUCUUCCCAACGUCAGCGUCAAGUGGAGAAGGAAAGCAUACUACAAGAGUAAGGGAGGUUAUGCCGCUACUCAAGGCAUCUAAAAAUGAAACUCUGAAUUUUACAAAAAAGGAGGAGUUAGUAUAUAAUUCAAUAUAUAGUUUUAAGCCCAUUGCAAUAGAAGAUAUGAAAUUGAGAGGCACCGAAUACAAAAAAAUAGUAUUACUAGUACUGGUGUUAGUGAGAGUGAAAUUCUUUUAGAUGCCACAAUUCCAUUUGAAAGUCUUAGGAUAUGAGAAAAUGAAGAUCCCAGACGAGAAGGUUAAUAUAGAGGCAUUCUGCGAUGCAAAAAAGCUGUAUUUAAAGGGGAGGGGCUACUUACAUAUACGUGAAUAAUAACCGAAAUAUCAUCCAGUGUUAUAUAUUCUAAGCGACGAUGACAUGAUUUACACCUAUAGAUGUUAGAGACCGAGACCACGUCUAAAAAUAGGUGUAGAAAAUAGCAUUAUUAAUUUGGUGAAGCUCAAACUUUGGAGAACCGAGCGGCACUCCUCCACCAAGAACUUCUAGAAGUAUUUAUAACUUUUAAGUUAUAAAUACUAACAACACUUGAGUUUCCUGUUUCUGCUCCAACACUUGCAGUUUCAUUUCCCCUGUUUCUACUCCAACACCUGCACUUCCAUAUUUACUGUUUCUGCUCCAACAUCAGCAUUUCCGUCUCUACUGUUUUUGUUACCACCUCUGUGCUUCCAUCUUUACUGAUUGGUUCUGUUCCCACACCUGCAGUUCCAUUUCUACUGUUUCUAUUCCCACUCCAGCUUUUCCAUUUUUACUAUUUAUGUUUCCACACCUGCUCUUCCAUCUUUACUGUUUCUGUACCCACACUUGCACUUUCAUUUUUACUGUGUCAGCUCCCACACCUGCACUUUCAUUUCCACUGUUUCUGCUCCAACACCUGCACUUACAUAUUUACUGUUCCUGCUCCAACAUCAGCAUUUCCAUCUCUAGUGUUUUUGUUACCACCCCUGUACUUCCAUCUUUACUGACUGGUUCUGUUCCCACACCUGCACUUCCAUUUCUACUGUUUCUAUUCCCACGCCAGCUUUUCCAUUUUUACUAUUUAUGUUUCCACACCUGCUCUUCCAUCUUUACUGUUUCUGCAUCCACACUUGCACUUUCAUUUUUACUGUGUCAGCUCCCACACCUGCACUUUCAUCUCUGCUGUUUCUGCUCCUAUUCCUGCACUGAUUUCUCCACUGCUUCUGUUGCUACUCUUGCACUUUCAUUUUCCCUGUUCAGGGUUUCCACGGUCAGGGAAAAGUCAGGGAAAACCAAAAAUUUUCAAGGUCAGGGAAAAGUUAGGGAAUUUUUUAAAAAGUCAGGGAAAAUUUUUGAUAUUGUCAAAGUCAGAAAAUUCUGUUUUCCGGUUUAUAGAUCAAAACUUUUCUUCAAGACUUGAAAUGCAUUUUCUUUGGCAAAGAUUAAACGUAUGCUGCAAAGCAAGCAAAGCGAUCAAUUUGACACUCUACGACUCAAUGUAGUAGUAAUUUUGUGGUCAUUGGUAUUCGUUGUAUAUGAUUUCUUGAUAAUUCCUUCUUCUCUUUCCGCGAAAAGCGGAAAAAGGUUGAAUAUGAAGAGAAAAAUGUCGAUGGCCUGCAAAAAGAACUAAAGCGAAUGUAAACAUCGAUUGUUUCUCAUCAAUAAAAGGUCAAUGAAAACUGUUUAAAUUUCAGUGAAAAGUCAGGGAAUUUUUAACUUUCUGUUGAGUGGCAACCCCGCUGUUCUGCACCUACACCUGGGCGUAUUGUUUCCAUACUGUUUCUGCUUCCAGAUCUGCACUUACAUCUUUACAACUCAGCUUCCAAACCUGAAUUUCAGUCUAUGUUGCUCUACUCAGCAGCUGUACUUUCAUAUUUACCUCUUCUGCUCCCAUAACUGAACUUCUAUCGUUGGUAAUACUACUUUUGUCCCAACACCUAUACGUGUUCUCUUCUGCGUUUUCUUCCACACCUACACUUCACCUCUGCUGCCUCUGUGCCCACAGCCUCACCGCGCUUGCGCGUUCAUCUUUACUACUUUGCUUUAGUAUCUACACAUUCAUAUUUACUAAAUCUGCACCAUCAUUGCCCUUUGUAUUAUAUCUGCACUUGCAAAUUCAUGUAUCUCUUUUUCCACAUCGACAUUUGUAUUUCCAUCCUUACGUCACAGGCCUUGUUAAUGGUUUUAACCUUUACUCAUGUUACGAAAAUCUAUUUAAAGAGGUUGUUCUUCAAGCAUGCUAGCGAAGGGCAGAAUUUAGAAAGUAUAUUUAAAAGACAUCCUGUUGAGCAAAAUAUAGUCUAAACUACGAAUUAAUAUUGGCAAUAGAGUAAUAACUUUCGGAUUGUAAUUUAGAGUAAGGUUGCAAAAAUGCAAAUUGGUAAGGGGUUCCCAGGUUCCGCUCUACACUAACGUUAAUACAUAGUACACCUCGCUAUAAUAUAUCGAUUUAGCCAGGGCUAAAAGCGAAGCUCUGGUUAAUAAUACGUGUAAACAAAAGAAAAUUAAUUCGUGUAAUGGUAAACGGGGACGACAAUGAAAAUGGCUUCAAGACUAAUACAUCUAAUUAGCAAAAAAACAAAAUGCACGUGCAGCACACUUUUUCUUCUAAUUAGCAAAAGACAAAUUUGCACGUGCAGCACGCUUUUUUGUCUUUCCCUUGUUGUUGUUUUGCACGACUACAACGCUGUUUUGUACGACUAAAACGUCACACUUCCUACAGUAGUUACACAUUAGUUUUUAUGGAGGAAUUGUCGUAUGUGCUUACCCAAUAUUUUGUUUCUUGUGUUCAUGUUCGCUUUUAUUUUUCAUUGCCGCUCAUUUUCACCUUGCUGGUCGCUAGCAUUUCUCAUUUUCUCACCCCCGCUUUGAGUUUCCAUGUUGUUUUUCCUACGAAAUUCAUCUCCUUUGUUUUCAAUAACUCGCUCUAGCUCUUUCUCUGUUGUCCACGUUAAUGUAAACAUAAAAAAUAACGCCGAAAAAGGCACGACUUUGUUGUUGUUUUUUCUUCUAAAUAAAACCUUGAGUCGCAUUUGGUUUGCCAUACCUGUUGAUUGAGUUAUUUUACAUUGGUAUGCCUGUGGUGCGGACGGACGGUCGCUCGAUCGCUCGCUCGCUCGGUGUACCGUCACGUGAUUACCAAAUUUUCUUGGAUGGGUAGAUUACCACAUUUCCUUAGCUAUGGCGCUCCGCCCACGGGCGGCGCCUCGCGCCGCGCGAGGAGCUCCGCUAUAAAUGCUACAUGGGCAAAUUGUAAUAGUUUGACCUUUUUUCCUUUUAUUUACAGGGAAAAGAGCCCCCGGAAGCACAGACAUUCCGAAGGACAAAGAUGAAAAAGCUGAAGGUAGUAACAAAAGUGGAAUGUCUGCUGGUGUUAUUGCUGGCAUUGUUUUGGGGGUAAUUGGUUUCAUUGUUGUGAUUAUUUUGAUUAUUUUGAUUGCGGUGAAAUUAUUCAAGAGGGAAAGAAUCCCAAAGACCACUGCAAGGACUGAAGGCUUUGGACGAGGAAUUCCACCAACAGCACCCAGCUCAAUAGUGCAUAGCCCGCAACCUCAACCCUACAAGGCUCCUUACGUCCUUGAACCUGGCACCUCUAUGCAGCUGACGGGCAUACCCCCACGUUACGAAUCGCCUCCGCCAAGCUAUGGUGAAAUUCAGCCUAGUGCACCACCCUACAAUCCUUACUACAAACAAAGUUUUAGAUACAAAUAA